AGCACAUUCCGGAAGUCUCCUGGCGGAGCGGGUGGUCUGGGGGCUCACGUGGGCCGGGCCUAGGGGUGCGCCGCUGGAGACUCUGCCGGAGCCGAACGGGAGCGGGGCGCCAUGGGGAAGCUGCGCCGGCGGUACAACGUCAGGGGGCGCCUGCAGGCGGCCCCCGGCCCCUCGAAGGGCCCCCCCGAGCCGCCCCCCGUGCGCCUGGAACUAGAGGAUCAGGGCACGUUGAAAGGAGUUGAUGCAAGCAACGCGCUGGUUCUGCCGGGGAGGAGGAAGAAGAAGACCAAGGCCCCUCCGCUGUCGAAGAAGGAGAAGAAGCCUCUGACCAGGAAAGAGCGGAAAGUGCUGCAGAAGGUCUUAGAGCAGAAGGAGAAGAAGAGCCAGCGGGCAGAGAUGCUGCGGAAGCUGAGUGAGGUCCAGGCCUCGGAAGCCGAGAUGAGGCUCUUCUUCACCACCUCCAAGCUGGGCAUGGGGCACCGCAUGUACCAGACCCGAGACAGGAAAUCUGACGAGAUUGCAGCCCCGGGUCAGGAGAAGAUCAGCAGCCUCAGUGGGGCCCACCGGAAGCGCCACCGCCAGGAGGCAGAGGAGGAAGAGUCCGAGUCCUCGAUGGAGUCUGAACCUGACGAGGCCCCAGGCACUGAGCAGGCGCAGGCUGGUACAGGGACGACGGCAGCGCAUCAGCCGCCAGCUCUGCCGGGGGCCAGGAGCGAGAGCCCAGCACCCAGGGGUCAGCCCCCUCCGGCCGCAGCCCCCGCCGUGGCCAAGUGCCCAGCAGAGCCCGCCGUCUUCAUCCCUGUGAACCGCUCCCCUGAAAUGCAGGAGGAAAGGCUGAAGCUCCCGAUUCUCUCCGAAGAACAAGUGAUCAUGGAGGCGGUGGCCGAGCACCCCAUCGUCAUCGUGUGCGGCGAGACCGGCAGCGGGAAGACCACGCAGGUGCCCCAGUUUCUCUACGAAGCGGGCUACAGCAGCGACAACAGCAUCAUCGGCGUCACGGAGCCCCGCCGAGUGGCCGCCAUGGCCAUGUCCCAGCGAGUGGCCAAGGAGAUGAACCUGUCGCAGAGGGUUGUCUCCUACCAGAUCCGAUACGAAGGAAACGUGACUGAAGACACCAGGAUCAAGUUCAUGACGGACGGUGUGUUGCUCAAGGAAAUCCAGAAGGACUUCCUGCUGCUGAGGUACAAGGUGGUGGUCAUCGACGAGGCCCACGAGCGGAGCGUGUACACGGACAUCCUCAUUGGCCUCCUGUCCCGCAUCGUGGCCCUCCGGGCAAAGAGGCACCUGCCGCUGAAGCUGCUCAUCAUGUCUGCCACGCUGCGGGUGGAGGACUUCACCCAGAACCAGCGGCUCUUUGCCACGCCACCCCCAGUCAUCAAGGUCGAGGCCCGGCAGUUUCCGGUGACGGUUCACUUUAACAAGCGGACGCCGCUGGACGACUACAGCGGGGAGUGCUUCCGCAAGGUCUGCAGGAUCCACCGGCUGCUGCCCGCGGGCGGCAUCCUGGUGUUCCUGACGGGGCAGGCAGAGGUCCAUGCGCUGUGCCGCAGGCUGAGGAGAGCCUUCCCACGUGCCACACCCGGGCCACCAGAAAAGGAGGAUCAGAAAGAUUCGGCAGAAGAAAUGCGGAAGUUUAAGAAGUCGAGAGCGAGGGCAAAGAAGGCCCGGGUGGCGACAUUGCCCCAGAUCAGUUUGGACAAUUACUCAGUGUUGCCAGUGGGUGAAGGCGACGAGGACAGGGAAGCGGAAAUGGAUGACGAGGAGGCCCUGGGCUCCGACCUCGACCUGGACUUGGGAGACGGUGGGGAUGACGGAGCGGACGGAGGUGACCAUCCGGAUGCCUCGCUGCCCCUGUACGUGCUCCCGCUCUACUCUUUGCUGGCCCCGGAGAAGCAAGCACAGGUCUUCAAACCUCCUCCAGAGGGGACUCGGCUGUGUGUCGUGGCCACCAAUGUGGCCGAGACAUCCCUCACCAUCCCGGGCAUCAAGUAUGUGGUGGACUGCGGGAAGGUCAAGAAGCGGCACUACGACCGUGUCACUGGCGUGUCCUCCUUCCGCGUCACCUGGGUCUCCCAGGCCUCGGCCGAUCAGCGGGCGGGCCGCGCAGGCCGCACAGAGCCCGGGCACUGCUACAGGCUCUAUUCAUCUGCGGUUUUUGGAGACUUUGAGCAGUUUCCUCCUCCUGAAAUCACGCGGAGGCCCGUCGAGGACUUGAUCCUUCAGAUGAAAGCUCUCAACAUUGAAAAGGUCAUCAACUUCCCUUUUCCAACCCCUCCCUCCGUGGAGGCCCUCAUUGCCGCAGAGGAGCUGUUGAUCGCGCUGGGUGCCCUGCAGGCGCCGGAGAAAGCAGAGAGGAUGAAGCAGCUGCAGAGGUCCCGGCUGAGCUGCCCCAUCACCACGCUGGGCAGGACCAUGGCCACGUUCCCUGUGGCGCCCCGCUACGCCAAGAUGCUGGCACUAAGCAGGCAGCACGGCUGCCUCCCCUACGCCAUCACCAUUGUGGCUGCCAUGACCGUCCGGGAGCUGUUCGAGGAGCUGGACAGACCGGCUGCCAGCGACAAGGAGCUCGCCACGCUGAAGGGCAGGCGGGCCCGGGUGGCCCAGAUGAAGAGGAUCUGGGCUGGGCAAGGCGCUUCUUUGAAACUCGGGGACCUGAUGGUGCUGCUGGGCGCCGUGGGAGCCUGCGAAUAUGCCGGCUGCUCACCCCAGUUCUGCGAGGCCAACGGGCUGCGGUACAAGGCCAUGAUGGAGAUCCGGCGCCUGCGGGGCCAGCUGACCACUGCAGUCAACGCUGUGUGCCCUGAGGCCGGGCUCUUCGUGGACCCCAAGAUGCAGCCGCCUUCCGAGAGCCAGGUGACCUACCUGCGGCAGAUCGUGGCGGCCGGCCUGGGCGACCGCCUGGCCCGCAGGGUCCAGAGUGAGGAUCUGCUGGACGACAAGUGGAGGAACGCCUACAAGACCCCGCUCCUCGACGACCCCGUCUUCAUCCACCCCAGUUCCGUCCUUUUCAGAGAGCUCCCCGAGUUUGUGGUCUACCAGGAAAUUGUGGAGACCACCAAGAUGUACAUGAAAGGCGUCUCGACCGUAGACGUGCCAUGGAUCCCAGUCCUGCUGCCCUCUUACUGCCAGUUUGACCAGCCGCUGGACGAGCCACCCCCCACCUACUGCCCCGAGAAGGGGCGGGUGCUGUGCCACCGGGCCAGCGUGUUCUAUCGCGUCAGCUGGCCACUCCCCGCGGUCCAGGUGGACUUCCCAGAGGGCAUUGACCGCUACAAGCACUUCGCCCGGGUUCUGCUGGAGGGGCAGGUCUUCCGCAAGCUGGCCUCGUACCAGGGCUGUUUGCUGUCCAGCCCCAGCACGAUGUUGAAGACAUGGGCCAGGCUCCAGCCCAGGACAGAGAGCCUCCUGAGAGCCCUUGUAGCUGAGAAAGCUGACUGCCGAGAUGCCUUGCUGGCUGCUUGGAAGAAAAACCCCAAAUACCUGCUGGCCGAGUACUGCGAGUGGCUCCCGCAGGCCAUGCACGCCGACGUGGAGAAGGCCUGGCCGCCCACCCCUGACCGCUGAGUCGACGCCUGGCCACGGGGCCGAGGGCUGCUCUGGAGCCCAGGGGCUGGUCACCCUGGCGUGGGACUACUCCAGGAGGCGGGUCCAGCCCGAUUCUGGACACAGCCUGCUCCUGCCCUGGCAGUCUGACCGAGGUGUGACUUUUUUUUUAAACUAUUUAUUGCGUGGGUUGCGUGGUGGAUGAUGACUUAGCUCCCGUGCUCAUGCCGUUUUAAAUGUGCCCUGUGGACUUCAUUCGUCCCCCUGGCCUCCCCCACAGUCCACACCCUCCCGUGUGGAAGGGUGACAGCAUGGAGCAGAGCAUCUCCCCCCGGUGGUCAGCCCCUGGGCGGCAGGGAGCUCACACUGCACCCCGCAGAGGGUGGGCUUGUGCUGGGCACCCACACAGCUGCCCUGCUGCCCUUGAAGUGGAGCCCCCGGGACCCUGCCCCCUUCCAUUCCCUCCCCCUUUUCUCUGGUGGUCAAGGAGGAAAGUAGAGGGGCAGAGGGGGGUCCCUGGGCAGGACAGAAGGACGAGAGGGCUGUGGGCUGGACCGAGGCCAUGCCCCUCCAUCCUGCAAGGCGAGAGACAGAAUGGACUCGUCACCAGCGUCCUGCUUCUGCUGCACACGGAGGCGGCGUCACAAAAUAAAUAUCCCUUCCGCCCAGACCCUUUUGUCCUUGACUCGGGGAAGGACGCAGCAAUGGACACUUGGCCGCUCCAGGGGCGUGGCUCGUCGGCCAGGCCUGCCUGCUGCCCGACUCCGGCUCCUGAGGGAGGCCCCCUCACUGGUUCUCCACCUCCCAGGCGUCUCUCGAAGGCCUUCACGGGCUGCCUCUUCCCUCCCGCCCUUCAGACGGGGUGCCAGGCCCCGAGCUUCCACUCCACACCCCUCCCCGGCCCCGGGUGGCCUGCAGACCAGGCUGCUCGACCCGUGCCUGCCGUGACUGAGGGCAGCUUUACCUCCUCGCUGAUGUGUAGAACUGCAAUAUUUCCCACUCACAAGUCCCGAUCUCCAGCUUUUCUACAAAACUCUGAGCACACAAGUGCUGGCAGUUCCCAGGUGACCGUGGGAGCCGUCCUCUCGGUGCUGCGCAGCCUCCUGCCUGACCGCCCGGCCCUCCUCCAUCUCACUCAGCAAAGGAAAACUGUUCUGAUUAGGCAGGUUUUUAAAAAAGAUUUUUGAGAUAUAA